UGUCAGACUUUGUCUGGCAGAGAGCAGUACUCUGAACAGCUGAAAACCUUCGUAGAUCUUACUCAAAUUGGGGCAUGUAGCGGCAAAAGAUGUUCAUAUGAAUGCGAGAGAGAGGCAGUUGCGCAACAUAAGUUUUAUUUAUCAUUUGAAAACAGUAUCUGUCGAGAUUAUAUAACUGAAAAGAUGUUUAAUCGACUUGGCCGACUACUUCCUAUUGUGCUUAAGAGAUCUACUUAUGUCGGAAUUAUUCCGAACGAUGCUUUCAUUGCAGCGGAUGAUUAUAAAUGUCCAAAAGAUUUAGCUAAAUACUUGAAAUUUUUGAGUACCAAUUAUACAGCAUUUUCCAGAAAGUGUCUUAUUGAAGCAGAAAUAAGAGCUAAAGAAGAUGCAGACGAUAGCAGAUGGGAAACCAAUAAAAAGUACUUUAAAUGGAUAAAGUACUAUGAGGUUAACAGAGAAUUUAAUGGUUGUGGGUUAUGCAAAUACCUCUACGAGAACCGUGGAAGCGUAAAAAUUAUUCCAAGUAUUAGAGAAUGGUGGUAUGACAGUGGAAACUGUGAACCUGGUUAUGCAAGACGCUUGACGUGUCAGCCGUAG